GCCUUCCUUAUCACACACUGCAGAACCAAAGAUACUUUCUUCUCCUUCUACGUUCUCUCUUCCUCAAACUCUCAAAACUAACAAUUACUCUCUAAUGGCUGUUGAUGAUGCUCUUUCAUCGCCCUUGGGUCCUCCAGCGUGCGAGAAGGAUGCGAAAGCUCUUCAAUUCAUUGAGGAAAUGACUAGAAAUGCUGACUUGGUUCAAGAGAAAGUCUUGGCUGAAAUCUUGAACCGAAACAAGCAUGUUGAAUACUUGAAAAGGUUCAAAUUGGAUGGAGCCACUGAUAAAGAUACGUUCAAGUCUAAGAUACCCAUGAUUACCUACGAUGAUCUUCAGCCUGAUAUCCAACGUAUCGCUAAUGGAGAUCGCUCUGCUAUCUUGUCAGCUCACCCCAUUUCUGAAUUCCUCACUAGUUCUGGCACAUCAGCUGGUGAAAGAAAACUCAUGCCAACAAUUCAAGAAGAGCUGGAUCGUAGGCAAUUAUUGUAUAGUCUUCUCAUGCCAGUGAUGAACCUGUACGUGCCUGGCUUGGAUAAAGGCAAAGGCCUAUAUUUCCUGUUCAUCAAAUCUGAAACAAAGACCCCUGGUGGGCUCCUGGCUCGUCCUGUGCUUACUAGCUACUACAAGAGUGACCACUUCAAGACCCGACCCUAUGAUCCCUACAAUGUCUACACUAGCCCCAACGAGGCCAUUCUCUGUGCAGACUCCUUCCAAAGCAUGUUCACCCAGAUGCUAUGCGGCCUCCUGGAGCGCCAACAAGUUCUCCGUGUUGGUGCAGUAUUCGCAUCUGGCCUUCUCCGAGCCAUCAGGUUUCUUCAGCUGAACUGGCGAGACCUUGCUCUGGAUAUCGAGUCAGGGACGCUAAACAAGCGUGUUACUGACCCUUGUCUAAGAGAUUGCAUGGUCAAGAUCCUGAAACCCAAUCCAGAGCUUGCAGAGUUUAUCAGAUUCCAGUGUUCGAAGGAGAAUUGGGAAGGGAUUAUUACAAGAAUUUGGCCUAACACUAAAUACCUGGACGUGAUUGUCACUGGAGCCAUGGCUCAGUAUAUCCCUACCUUGGAUUACUACAGCGGUGGCUUACCAUUAGCCUGCACCAUGUAUGCCUCUUCAGAAUGUUACUUUGGGUUAAACCUCAACCCAAUGUGCAAACCAUCAGAAGUUUCCUAUACAAUCAUGCCAAACAUGGCCUACUUCGAGUUUUUGCCCCACGAACCUCACUCAGCCGGUUUGACUUGUGACUCACCUCCCAAACUCGUUGACCUUGUUGAUGUUGAAUUGGGUAAAGAAUACGAGCUUGUUAUCACCACCUACGCAGGUUUGUGCAGGUACCGAGUUGGUGACAUCCUCCGAGUCACCGGGUUCCACAACUCAGCUCCUCAGUUCCAUUUCGUUCGAAGAAAGAACGUGUUACUCAGUAUCGAUUCGGACAAAACUGACGAGGCUGAGUUACAAAAAGCGGUUGAGAACGCGUCACAACUCCUACGUGAAUACAACACAAGCGUAGUUGAAUACACGAGUUACGCAGAUACAAAGACGAUUCCAGGUCACUACGUGAUAUACUGGGAGUUGUUGAUCAAAGACUCAACGAACUCACCGAGCGAGAAAGUACUGAGUGAGUGCUGCGUUGCAAUGGAAGAAUCGAUGAACUCAGUGUACAGACAAGGGCGAGUUGCAGAUAACUCAAUAGGUCCACUAGAGAUACGAGUAGUGAAAAAUGGAACAUUUGAAGAGCUAAUGGAUUAUGCAAUAUCAAGAGGAGCAUCCAUCAACCAGUAUAAGGUUCCAAGGUGUGUGAAUUUUACACCAAUCAUGGAGCUUCUUGAUUCCAGGGUGGUAUCUAGACAUUUUAGCCCAAGUUUGCCUCACUGGACCCCAGAAAGAAGAAGGUUAUGAUGAGAUAAGGAUAUGUUUGGCACAGAACAAAUUGAAGUUUCUGAAAUGGAUAAUGGCAGAUAGAAUUAUUGUAGAAUAUUGAUUUUGCUUUUUGGGUUUGCUUUUGGAAGAAAAGGGUUGAAGUGUAAGUUUGAAUAGGAUGUUUCAGAGGGGUCAGGUUUUGUAUUUCGGUUCAAUUAACCAAAUGGAAAUGAUGUGACUAUGGAGAUGCUUUGUCUAAUGAAAUGUUAUUUUCACCUUGUAAUAGAAACAUCAUUGUUUUUUCUUA